CAGAUGAGAGCCAGGCAGCUAAUAACCUAAUUUAUCAGUCUAUGCCAAUAACCUACAUUUAAGUUGUAUUUCCGUGGACAGUUUAAUACUGAACUUAACUGUUGUAUGAGUGGAAAUCAUUCGGCGUUGACCUGUGUAUCACAAACUCCUCUUGUGUGAAUUAUUAGACGUUUAAGUAUGCUGGGGUAGCUAGUUUUUACUCCCCAGUUAGCAUUAGCCAGGCUACUUUUAACGUUUAUUUACUGCAAUCCAUGGCUUAGUUAAUAGUUUAAGUUAUUUAUAACUUCAACUGCUUUACAUUUAGGUCACCUCAAGUCUACUGCGGCAGGAUGAUCUCUCAGGUCUUCAUCUUGUCCUCACAGGGCGACCACCUCAUCUAUAAAGACUUCCGUGGAGAAGCAGGAAGCGACGUCGUCAGUAUUUUCUACGAGAAGGUCACGGCACUGACCGGGGACCAGCCUCCGGUUGUCAUGAGUCACAAUGAUCUUCACUUUGUCCACGUCAGGCAGGGAGGACUGUACUGGGUCGCCACCACUUCGGCUGACUCCUCCCCCUUCACUGUCAUCGAGUUCCUCAACAGGUUGACAGCUCUGGUUAAAGAUUACUGCGGCAGCCUGUCAGAGAAGUCGGUGCAGAUGAACUUUGCCCUCAUCUACGAGCUGCUGGAUGAGGUCGUGGACUACGGUUACAUCCAGACGACGUCCUCUGACGUCCUGAAGAACUUCAUCCAGACUGAAGCUGUCUCCUCCAGACCGUUCAGCCUGUUUGACCUCAGUAACGUCGGCUUGUUUGGGGCGGAGACACAGCAGAGUAAAGUCGCCCCGAGCUCUGCAGCCACCAGACCCAUCCAGUCCAGCAGAGAGCAGGGAGGGAAGAGCGAGAUAUUUGUGGACGUGAUUGAGAGGAUGUCGGUCGUCAUCGGCUCCACCGGGCUUCUGAUGAAGGCGGACGUCGAGGGAGAGAUCAGAGUCAAGUGCUACAUGCCGAGCUGCUCGGAAAUGCGAAUCGGUCUGAAUGAGGAGUUCAGCAUCGGAAAGUCACAGCUCAGAGGUUACGGAGCUGCAGUUCGUGUUGACGAGUGCAGCUUCCACCAGGCGGUCCGGCUGGACGAGUUCGACAGCCACCGGAUCCUCCGACUCUGCCCGAGCCAGGGAGAGCAAACAGUGAUGCAGUACCAGCUGAGCGACGAUCUGCCUUCAGCUCCUCCUUUUCGGCUCUUCCCAGCCAUUGAGAGAGACAGCGGAGGAAGGCUGCUGAUGUACCUGAAGCUUCGCUGUGAUCUGCCACCAAAGAGCUCUGCCAUUAACGUCUGCGCCACCGUCCCUGUUCCCAAAGGCUCUGUGAGUUUGUCGCAGGAGCUCAGCAGUCCGGACCAGAGCGCCGAGCUGAAGCUGCAGAGCAGAGCCGUCCACUGGCAGAUCCCUCGCUUCCCCGGAGGAACGCAGCUGUCUGCUCUGUUCAAGCUGGAGGUGCCCGGCCUCAGCUCGGCCUCCAUGUUGGAGGUCGGUCCGGUCGGUCUGAGCUUCGAGCUGCCUAAACUCACCGCCACGGGGCUGCAGAUCCGCUUCCUCCGCCUGUCACCCGUCCAGCCCGGCCCGUCGCAGCGCUGGGUCCGAUACGUCACCCACUCCGACUCCUACACCAUCCGCAUCUAACUGCUGUCGUCUCUGCUGACGGCCUCGAAGCCACGCGUCAGUUCCACGAAGCAGCAGCAGGAACAUUAUGUUUUACUGACUGCUGAUACUUCCAGGACAGGAGGAAAUAAAACACAUAAUGUUCUUUCAAAGUAA